AUGAAUACCACCUUAAUUGGAAAGGCAAGGGAUCUGACUGAGGAAGUGAUAGAACUAAACGAGAUUGAAUGGAAAAUUUUACAACAAAGGGAAAAAAUCGACUGGAUUAGGAAAGGAGAUGGAAAUAAUCAUUACUUAUAUGCUGCUGUCAAAACUAAACACCAUUCCACCUGCCUUUCCAACCUGCGAAGAAGUGAUGGCAGACAUCUAUCAGACCAGAAUGAUAUUGAAGAGGAAGUGAUGGUUUUCUACAAAAAUCUGAUGGGCAAAGAGGAUACCAAUAUUAACCAUAUAGAUAUUGAGGCUAUGAGAAUGGGAAAACAACUCAACUUGGAGCAGAGGGAAUAUCUCACCAGAAAUAUCACAGAGGACGAUAUCUUCAAAGCCCUUAGAGGAAUUGGCGACCUCAAAGCACCAGGCCUGGAUGGUUAUGGAGCCAAAUUCUUCAAGGCCAGCUGGACAACCAUCAAAACUGAUGUGAUAGCAGCGAUAAGGGAGUUUUUUGAAAUAGGUAAAAUAUACAAACCGUUCAACAAUGUUGUAGUAUCCUUGAUUCCAAAAAGCAAUGAGGCUUGUGAGAUUAAAGAUUACAGACCCAUAGCUGUAUGCACCACCUUUUAUAAAAUCAUCUCCAAGAUCCUGACUGACAGAUUGGGAUCUGUCCUUCCUAGUGUGAUAAGCCACAAUCAGGCAGCUUUUAUACAGGGUCAAAACAUUCAUAACCACAUCAUGCUAGCUACUAAACUCAUAAAAGGAUACACUAGAAAAGGGGGCACACGUAGAAUUAUGAUGCAAGUAGACCUUCAAAAAGCAUAUGAUAUGGUUAAUUGGAAAGCACUGGAGUUCAUAAUGAAGGAGGUACGCAUUCCAAAUAAAUUCAUCCAGUGGACUAUGAUUGGCAUCACCACGGUAUCCUACAGGUUUAACAUCAUGGGGGGUUACACUGAGGUCCUUCAAGCCAAAAGAGGGAUUCGACAGGGUGAUCCUCUAUCACCUCUACUAUUUGUCCUCAUUAUGGAGUACAUGAACAGGUUAUUGGUCAAAAUGCAAAGGGAUCCCAAUUUCAGUUACCAUGCCAAAUGUGAGAGUCUGAAAAUUACCAACCUCACUUUUGCAGAUGACAUACUGCUACUAUGUAGAGGUGACGAAACUUCAAUGAAAAUGAUGUUAGAAACUUUCAGAAAUUUCUCCAAAUCCACAGGUCUGAAGAUGAACCCUAACAAAUGCAAGAUUUAUUUUGGAGGUAUGGAUAUGGAAACUAGAACGAGAUUGAAGGAACUAUCGGGUUUCUAG